CAACUAAGAAUGGGAACACAUUCGUCGGUGCCAUCAGCUGGAAACAGUUGAAAGUCUCAUUGAGAGCUUGAGAAUGAUCAUCAAUGCCUUCCCGUCGGGAUCAGCUUGCUUCGGUGGGAUUCUGCGGUCGGAGCCGCGCGGUUAUCGUGUGGUGCUGGUGCAACGCUGGUCGGAGCCAUCUGGGAGGCAAGUUGAAGGACACAAGGUCGGCGGUAGAGACAAGAUGCCGACGAGGGCGCUGAUGGUCUCGACAUGAUGGAUACAA